ACUAAUAUAAAAACAGUAACACAAUUUACUGAUGAUAAGUUUUAUUCGAAACUAACAAAUCAAUAUGAAAUUCUUCGUUGUAUUUGCUCUGUGCGUCGCUGCGGCCACCGCCAAUGUCAUCAGCCCCAUCGUGGUUAGUGAUGAAGCAGCUGAAAUCCAACAGAUCAUCGAUGCAAUCAACCACCCCAGCACCGACCCUGCCACCGCCGCUCUUUUAGAACAAAUGUUGAACGAAGUUCUCGGUCUUACUAAGCCCGAACCUAUCGAUGUCGGACCUGCCAUCGUUGAGGAUGAGUACGAAUCCAUCUCAGUCGGACCUGCUAUCGUGAAUCCUGAAAUCAACAACUCCCCUCUUGUCCAAAUCGUCAUCAAUGUCAAGCCUGGUUCUGGCAAUCCCGUCGUUGUCGAAGGUAUGCCCGAGGUCGCGCCCACUCCCGUGAUCGUUGUAGAGAACCCUGUGGCUCCCGACCCCGUUAUCGUUGCCCCUGUGAUCAUCCCCGAACCCGUCAUUACUCUUCCUGACAUUCUCAACUAAGAUAAUAUGUACUAGAAAACAUCUCCUUGUUAUACUCCGUGAUAUGAUAAAUUAAAUAUUUUUAAUUUAA